AUGAAAACAGGAAUUCUUGAAGUACUUCUUGUUAAUGCUAAAGGCAUUAGACAUACAAACAUUGUUGGAACACCUUCCUACUAUGUUAUUAUUGAGUGCGGGUUUCAAUCUCAAAGGAGCAAAACUUCACGAGGAAAAAAUGAGAAACCUUGUUGGAAUGAGAAAUUCAUAUUUGAUUUAUCAUCUUUUGAUUGCAAUAUGAAUUCAACAUAUCUUACAUGUAAAAUCAUGGACACAGAACUCUUCACAAAUGGUGGAUUUGUUGGGGAAGCCAAGGUUCACAUAGGUGGAAUAAUAACAGAAGGAAUCAACCAAGGAUAUAUAGAUAUAAAACCUGCUGCAUAUAAUGUGGUCCUUGAAGAUGACACCUACAAAGGACAGAUAAAAAUUGGAUUUAAAUUCAUUGCAAAUAAAGAAAAUUAUAUGAUGAGGAAACAAGAAUCCAUUGCUGAGGAGAAAGGACCAAGUCAUAAUUCAAUUUGUGGAUCCAUUUGGAGAAUAUCAUGGUGGAAAUUCUUGUUUUUCUAUAAUAACAAGAUUAAUUCCAAAGAUAAACAAAAGAGGAACUAG